AUGUUCAAACAAAGCUCAGCUUAACUAAACCAAUUGGAUACUAGAAAUAAGGAUUGGAAAGGACAGACAGUUUUGCAAUUUUGCAAAGUAUUCUUUGCUCUAAUUACUUAAGAAAUAAGUGCUUAAGAUAAUAAAUGAACAAUCGAAAUUAAAAAGCUUUUAAAAAACUCCUAAAAUUAAUAUUCAAUUCCUUCCUUAUUCAGCUAUUGUACAGCUGAAAAACUAACUAAACCAUUUGCAUAUUUCAUGCUAUUUUAAAAAGAAGCAUAUAUAGUAAAUCUUCAAACAAGAUUAAUAAGAUAAGUUUAGUUAAAAUAAAUUUAGUCUUUAAAAAAAAUUAAGUUAAUUUGAUGUCUUAUAAAUUUUGGAGUAUGUAAAAUGAUAUAAAUGUAAUAUAGAUUCAAUUUUAAUGGAAUAUACUUUGAAUGAUGAUUUGUUAGAGAAAAUACUUUAAAAAAGGAUACAAAGAAAGAGAUUUUUUUUCAUUAUGUAGAUUGAUCCCACCAUCAAAUAUUAGAAUAUAAGGUUCAUUAAGCAUUUAAGCAAAAAAACAAACGAUAUAUCCUAUUUUCUAUGA